AUGAAGAUCUUUGCCAAAUUAGGGCAAUUGCCCUUAUUCAUAAUAUUAGCUAUCGCAUUUUGUGCCGUAGCGAUUCAAGUUUCGGCUCACAAGCCCCACGUUUACUCUUCUUCAUUGCCGCAUUUGCACUCUGUUCCCAACCUCAAACACUCGUCUUACCUACCAAAUCCUUUGGUCAAGGAUUUAAAACAUCCACAAUAUCCUAAAUCUCCAUCUCAGUAUUACUACAAGUCCUCUCCACCUCCGAAACAUGUUAAGCAUCCGAAAUAUUAUUACAAAUCACCACCACCCCCAAAACCAGCAAAGCAUCCAAAGUAUUAUCCCAAAGUGCCUCCGGUUCUGAAACCAGUAGAGCAUCCAAAAUAUUACUACAAGUCACCACCGCCUUCGAAACCUGUAGAACAUCCAAAAUACUACUACAAGUCACCACCACCUCCAAAACCAGUUGAACAUCCAAAGUAUUAUCCCAAGUUACCACCGGUUUUGAAACCAGUAGAACAUCCAAAAUAUUACUACAAGUCACCCCUACCUCCAAAACCAGUUGAACAUCCAAAAUAUUAUCCCAAGUUACCACCGGUUUUGAAACCAGUAGAACAUCCAAAAUAUUACUACAAGUCACCACCACCUCCAAAACCAGUUAAACAUCCAAAGUAUUAUCCAAAGUUACCACCCGUUUUGAAACCAGUAGAACAUCCAAAAUAUUACUACAAGUCACCCCCACCUCCAAAACCAGUUGAACAUCCAAAAUAUUAUCCCAAGUUACCACCCGUUUUGAAACCAGUAGAACAUCCAAAAUAUUACUAUAAGUCACCACCACCUCCAAAACCAGUUAAACAUCCAAAGUAUUAUCCAAAGUUACCACCCGUUUUGAAACCAGUAGAACAUCCAAAAUAUUACUACAAGUCACCACCACCUCCAAAACCAGUUAAACAUCCAAAGUAUUAUCCAAAGUUACCACCCGUUUUGAAACCAGUAGAACAUCCAAAAUAUUACUACAAGUCACCACCACCUCCAAAACCAGUUAAACAUCCAAAGUAUUAUCCAAAGUUACCACCCGUUUUGAAACCAGUAGAACAUCCAAAAUAUUACUACAAGUCACCACCUCCUCCAAAGCCAGUUGAACAUCCAAAGUAUUAUCCCAAGUUACCACCAGUUUUGAAACCAGUAGAACAUCCAAAAUAUUAUUACAAUUCACCACCUCCUCCCAAAUUGGUUGAGCAUCCAAAAUAUUAUUACAAGUCACCACCACCUCCAUCUCCUCCGCCUCCAUCGUACUAUUACAAAUCCCCGCCCCCUCCAAACCAUGUAAAGGAUCCAAUAUAUUAUUACAAAUCUCCACCCCCACCAUCUCCUUCGCCACCUCCGCCAUAUCAUUACAACUCCCCACCUCCGCCUUCUCCUUCCCCACCACCACCAUAUCAUUACAACUCUCCACCUCCGCCCUCUCCUUCGCCACCUCCGCCAUAUCAUUACAACUCCCCGCCUCCUCCGCCUUCUCCUUCUCCACCACCACCAUAUCAUUACAACUCUCCACCUCCGCCGUCUCCUUCACCACCUCCGCCAUAUCAUUACACAUUCCCACCUCCUCCUAAACAUGUAGAGCUUCCGAAGCAUGAUUACAAAUCGCUAAUACCUUUGAAGCAUACAGAGCAUCCAAAAUAUUAUUACUCGUCACCCCCUCCGCCACCAAAGUACUAUUGA